CAAAUUGGGGCAAAACUUUACCGUUGAAAAAAGGAGAUCCCAAAAUACGAAGAAGCUCUUGGGAUCGGAUGAUGAGAUGAGGCUGCUCACAACAACAUUCCGAGCGGUGAAAUCACCAAAUCAAAAUAUAAACCCUAAUCCAAACCCUAAACCUAGGUCCUUAAAACCACCGUUGUCGCUAGAAUCGAGCGCCGUUGCGAAAUCCAAAUCAAAAGAAAAGGCGUGGUGCGUUUACCUAAUUCUUUCCACCAAUGCUCCCAUUAAAACCUACGUCGGCGUCACCAACAAUUUCUCCCGCCGUUUGAAACAACAUAAUGGUGAACUUAGUGGUGGUGCUAAAGCAUCUCGUGCUGGAAGGCCAUGGGUCUGCGCUUGCUUAAUUCGGGGUUUCAAUGACCAAAGUGAAGCUUCUGAGUUUGAAUCCAAAUGGAAAAUGAUGUCAAGGAAACUGCCUCGCAAAAGGAAGAACAAGGAGGCCGAUGAUUGCUCCCUAACGUUAUUGCAACACAGGGAGACAGCCCUAAAUAAGGUUAGUGGUUCAUUGGAUUGCAGUCUCUUGGAAAUUGAGUGGCAAAUGAGCACUUCCUGAUUUAAUACCAACCAUUCUUACAUAACCUUUCAUUAUAAAAAAAAAUGCAUUCUUGAAUGUUGUAUGAUUGGAUUAUGGAAUACUUAUUGUAAUAUAUGCUAUGAUUUGUAAUCAUUGUUCAAAGGGAAAGCCUAAAGUUAUUGCGAUGAUUAUCUGAA